ACCGGUGUCACAAAUAUUGAUUGUGCGCAUGCGUUCAAAACAUGGCGACUGCUUUUCUUGCAGAAAGAUAUGCAAGAAAGUACAACGUGUUAAGCGAGAAAUGUAGAGAAAUCGAACACGAAAACAAGAUUGUGGGUUACAAGUUGAGAGAAAUCAGACGUGUAGUAUCGAAAAUCAGAAAAGAGAAGAGAUUAUUGAUGAAACGGCUGGACAAAAGAGGAGACGAAUACCGAAGUAAGCCAUCACACAUACAGCGUGACGUCAUCCCUGCCGUGCCUUAUCCGGGAAUUGCUCCGCCGGUCGUUCCAGAUUCUGGCAUACACCCAGCCAUUAGGGUUAUUCCGCCCGACGAGUUACAUUCAUUUACUCAUUUUAUUCCAAUUCAGACGCCUGUUACGGAGACGUCGGUAAAGGGGAAAUCGCCCCAAAGAAAGGGAAAGGGCGUGUCAAAGAAAUCAGAGAAAGCAUCUGCCACUACUGCUGAUCGAAAAAAGCAGAAGAUCGAGGAUUCAAAUAUUCCUCCUGUCCCGCGUAAACCGGCCAACGCUUUUUUGAUCUUUUGUCAGCAGAACAGAGAGUCGACUCAAGAACAAUGUGGAGUUCAGUUACAACAGCAAGGACAAGCACACCAUGAGCUAACUAGAAUGCUGGCUAAAAAAUGGAAUGAAAUGGCAUCACCAGACAAGAAGAUAUUCUAUGAAUUGUAUGAGCAAGAGAAGUUACGUUAUGCGCGGGAAAUGGAGGUCUUUCAAGCCGCCGGCGGUGUCUUACCUACUAAGUCAUCUCCCGGACGCGGGACAAAGAAACAGGGAAAGGCGUCCAAACGCAAGAAAGGACAAACACUUGCAACCGAAACGAACGGAAUGUCGAACUCAGAACUGGAGAGUACCGGCAGCAUUGCAUCAACCCGCAUUUUCCCCUCGCCCUUCUACGAGGGCGUCGGUCUGGACGACGACGACGAUUCGUUCGGUUUCAGCGGCGAGAUCGACGUCAAGUCCGCUCUCGCCGUCUCUCCAAAAUCGCUUCCUCGUUUCCCCAACCGAGAGACUCCGUCACAAUUCUCGGAGUCACCGGCUCCGAGCAGUAGCAACGGAGAGGAGGAACAAGACGAUGUAUUAUAUUAGUGUAUAAAUUGAUAUCGAAAACUGCGCAGUGUAGAGAUCUAGACGUGUACAAACACCGACUAUAGAAACGAAAAAAGCAAGCAUAGUGCAUAAUUCC